AUAGCUCAUAGCUCGGAUAUAGCCUUGUACGCUACAGUCAACCCCUAAAGGUCAGCUCAAGUACUCUGACACUGUUCCGUCACAGUUGUUGCAUGAAAAAUGUCUAAGCCCAACACCAAAACCAGGACGUUGACGAAGGAGGAAACCGACGAUUACCUGGCUGCUUUUAAUGCAUUCAAAGGCGACGAUAACUCGUUGGACAGCAGGGAGUUUAUCUGCAUCCUCGUCGCCUUGGGGGUUGAGGGGGGCGAAGAAAGGGCGCAGACUAUUCUGAGGAAAAUCAAUAAAAACCAAGAUGCCAAGAUUACGAAGAACGAAUAUCUGGAGGCCAUAAAACAGCCAGGGAUCAACAAUUCGCAAAUCCAGAGAUUGAAGGAAGUAUUCGACAAGUUCGAUCACGACAACGACGGAUGGGCUUCCAACACUGACGUCAUCAACAAAUUGCCAGACCUGGGGCUUACGGAAGCGGAAGUGAAGAAACAAAUAGAGGAACUGGACGAAAACCGAGAUGGGAAGAUUGUCUUUGAAGAUUUCUUGAGAGUGCAGUUAAGAAUAUGGCAAAAGUAAAACGAAACGCUGAUACUGACAUAAAUGGCUGAGAAUUCUAGUUAAAAUGUAACGUCUGAGCUGGAAACAGUUUGAGUCAAAGGUUGUAAGCCAACGAGUGUGGUUUAUACCUAGAGUUUUUCUCCCGAAGAUGCGCGGUUUUAUUGGCCAGUAACAUAUGAUUUGUCUUCAAAACGCAUGGGGAAGUAAACUAGUACCGGCAAAUGUAAGUGAGUUAGGGCAUAUCAAGUACCUGUCACGUGACUUGCGACUGCACAUUAGCUGUUAGACAGCGCUAUUCAGCACUUCAUGACCGAAAGAACUAGGUUAUGUUGUGUUUUGAGCCCUUUAUCCCUUUGGUUAGAAUAAGCUUGUCGGAGACAGUAGUUUGAAUGUUGUUUUUCAGUAGUAUAGCUCAUGUCAUCAAAAAUGAGCGAUGCACAUGUAAGGCUACAUUUUUUCUGCCUUCAUCAACACGUUUAACACUCACGGGAAGGCGCGGCUGACAGAAAUGGCAAGAAAAUCCCUUGGGUUUAUCUUGAUUGAU